AUGGCUCCUGAUACCCACGAGAUGAGGUUAAUAUCAUCAUCGAUGCCCUUCGACUUCGUGCAAGACUUGCUGACUCUCAACAGCGACCACGAGCAUGAGUUUGCACAGGAAGCCGAAUGCCGUUACAACGAUAUCAUCAGCGGCGGAAGACCUCCUGCAUAUUACAAGGCCAUCGAGAUUCAACUACAGCAAGUCCUUGACAGAGUCCGCCAACUCGGCAACCCAAGCGCUUCGGCAGCUGUAAGACUUCAAGAACUCCAUGAACACAACAGCCAGUCGUCAGGCCAGACAGUCUCGGCCAGUCCUUCGACUCCUGAUUCCAUGCCUCUUGAGAAUUUUCCUGCGCUUUCUCUCACGACUCGCCCUCGUAACGAUGCUCUGACCCAAACUUAUGCAAAGGCGGUUAAGAACUCUCUUCCACAACCACCGCCUGUUGUCGCCCAGACACGCGAGCCCCAUAUUCUGUCCGAGCCCCAGACCGUCUCUCGUAUCUCCGACCAGGAUGAAGACGGCGAUUGGCAUCUCGUCGACCGCUCAGGUCGUGGCACUCGUUCCCAGAAGCAGCACGCUACUAUCACCGAACGCCAUGCACGCAAGUCACUCCCAAAGGCAUGGAUGCAGAUGGACGACGAUGUUCACACUGCACGUUUGACGCCUGAGAACAUACCGAUGGCACCCCACUCGAGUCCCAACAAGUCUCUGCAACGCACCGCUCGCGUCAAAGGCACUCAUACUCAGCUGGCUCAAGCCCAAGCCAACUCACUCAAGUCCAAGCCGAGCAAGCCCACUUUGACCAAGGCUACAGCAUCGAAGACACCAGGCUAUGCCUCGCCCACAAAGGCCUCGAAGCAUCGCACUGCUGGAACAUCCGAGGCCGCUAGAUCUCCUUCUCCCUGCAAGCCGAAGUCCGUGCGUGCCGACAUGAUGUCUAGUGCAGCCAUUUCUCCAUCAGAACAACAAUCUCCUACUCGAUCUGUGGCAUCUGCUGUCUUCGACGCUUCCAGACGCAAGAUUUUUCCUGCGCAUGGCAGAUACACACCAACCUCGUUCCCAUUCGGUCUGGAUGGAACGUUCGAGUUCGAUCAAACUAGCAUGUUGCAGUCUUUCUCUGGCAACUCUGUACGUCCCUCAAAGAAAACAAAGCUUGAUCUGAGGAUCAACAUCCCAGAUCCUUCCAGUAGUUUGCCUCGCCCAGCCAGCCCUUCUCGAAUUCCUAUCGCUGUUUCGUCAAACACAUCAGCUACUGAUCUUGGGCCUGUAACUCCCAACCACCCGACUGCACAGAUGGUCGAACUUACCAUAGCUGGCAUGGCUACUUCCAAGCCGAUCGACAGAGCCUCCAUACUUGAUCCCAUCAGAAGAUGUCUGUCUAGUGCUUCUUCAUCUUCUACCAGCCAGCGACGAUCAAGCGCUUCUUCGGCUGGACAACCACGCAGAGACUCUGGAGCUACGCAGUCCAAAGAGACGGCUUGCGUCAGGGACAAUUUCACAGCCACGAAGGAGCCCGACAUGUUCAACGAGUCCGAGGUGACGAUUACUGAGACCGGUGCUCACAAGAAGACGCAACAGUCAUCCAACACUGUUCUUUCUUCAUUGAUAACCAAGCUCGAGCCCGCUUCUGCUCUGCUGCUCGACACCAUCAAACAGACCGCCGAAGCUCAUGCUCUCCAACAAAGCAGCAGUCUAGUCAAGACAUCUGUUGCACCAUCCUCAAGCAUGGACGAAGCACAUCAAGCAGAAAAGCUGCGUGAGUUCCAGGCAGCCUGCCGUUCUCAACACAUCUCCUGCACUUCAUCUCCGCACAAGGAUCCCGCAGUGGUGCGAUGCGGUCCAGUCAAGGCUCAAACCUCGAAGAGCCAGCCGAGAUCCACCUCUGGCCCUGCUAGAUCUAGCCUGCGUGCUACUGCUGCUCACUUCGUUCCUACACCUACUUCAGAAGAAGAGUUUGGACCGUUGAGUGCCCCGGAGCCUGCUUUCAGACUUCCUCUGCCACCUGCACCUUCCACUCGUGUCGCGCCCACGCUUGGGUUGGCGCCACUGAUUGGCCCUACAGUUUUCCCUGUUUGUCCACCUGUUCUUCCUAUGGCAGUUCUCCAGCAGCUCACAAAUCAGUGCCCUUCGGCUCUUGAUGACUGUCCAAGCUGGAUCCCCGACGAUGAGUGGUACGAUCUUCCUUUCGAGACCAAGACGGCCAUCCUCAGAGAGCGAAAAGAGCGUAGAUCCAGCUCUGCGUCGUCUCCUGGAAUCUCCUCAGCGAUUUUCUCAAAUUUCACAACCAGCCCAUCUUUGUCCUCGCUUGGACCCGUUGUCGAUCCAGGCAUGAAUGUCUACAAACCGCAAUGGGAUUGGAUGAAUCCUGGUCAGAGUGGAGUCAGAUUUGGCAGGGCACCUCUUCCGACUAUGCCUGACCUUCGAGACGAUGGUCUUCACCGCAGAGGCUGGGAUGUCAAAUCCGCCGCUCCCGGAUGGCGCUAUGGUUGGCGUGGUGGCGAUGGUCUUGAGAUUUCGUUCAAGGGUGACGGACCAGUUGCCGAAAGAAACCCCAACGCACCAGUCAACUUCAACGAGUACGACAAUGGCUUUUACGGCAAGCCUACUAAGAAGGGCCAAAAGUAUGGCGGGCGUCCCUGGUCUAAGAAGAACGGAAGCUCGCCCAACAGCCGUGUCCGAGAAUGGGCUAGAAACGCGCACUAUCCUUCAAUUCCUUGCGGCGACUUUGAGGUCAUUCAGGCGACUGAGCAUCUGCCAAACUUCUCUGACGCAUGGUGCCACGGUUGCUUGCCUGCACACAUGUGA